AGUUGAGCUUUCUUUGUCAGUGAGUAACACAUGUACUUGUCAUUUUACACACUCACACUGCUGUGAUACCCUAAUUCAAUUAUCUUUCUCACUGAGACACCCAACAUCAUUUUAACAACAAAGGGAGAGGGAGAGGGAGAAACAAAAAUCAAAUAGCAUUAUGUAUGCUUUUGUGAGGAGGAGGUGUUGUAGCAAUACCAACUAUUACUACCAAUUCUUAAAGCCAAGGGGAUUCAGUGCCCUCAUCAAAUCAUCUCCUUGUUCCAUAAACGAUGCUCAGCAUGAUCCCAACAACUCAGUUUUAGUUCAAGGUGAAGCGGGUUCAAGAAUGGCGAUCCUUAAUAGACCUUCUGUUCUCAAUGCCCUUGAUAAUUCUAUGUUGGUCAGGCUGCAGAAGCUGUACCAGAGUUGGGAAGAUAAUCCAGAUAUUGGUUUUGUCACACUCAGGGGACGCGGAAGGGCUUUUUGUGCUGGUGGUGAUGUUGUUGGUUUUUAUCGUUCCAUAAGUAUAGGUGAUCUUGAUGCCAUCAAAGAAGUUUUUUGGAACAUAAACAAUCUCAUAUACCUUAUAAAUACAUAUAUGAAACCACAUGUGGCUCUUCUGAAUGGGAUUACAAUGGGUGGUGGAGCUGGAAUUUCGAUCCCAGGGACAUUCCGUGUAGCAACUGAUAAAACGGUUUUCGCUACCCCUGAGGCAUUAAUUGGCUAUCAUCCGGAUGCCGGGGCAUCAUUUUACCUCUCACAUCUUUCAGGUUAUCUAGGGGAGUAUUUAGCUUUAACAGGAGACAAACUUAAUGGUGCUGAAAUGAUUGCUUGCGGGCUUGCGACACAUUAUUCGCUUGAUGCGAAGCUUCCUUUGAUCGAAGAACAGCUUGGAAAAUUGAUGACCGAUGAUCUUUCUGUUGUUGAAUCUUCUUUAGAGAAGUAUGGUGAUCUUGUUUAUCCCAAUAGCAACAGUGUACUUCUAAGAACUGAAACAGUUGAUAGAUGUUUCAGCCAUGACACUGUUGAGGAAAUAAUUGAUUCUUUGGAAGACGAGGCAACCAAAACGAAUGACCCAUGGUGCACUGCAACUUUAAAGAGACUUAAAGAAGUAUCACCCUUAAGCUUAAAAGUUUCCUUGAGAUCGAUACGUGAAGGCAGAUUUCAGACUCUUGAUCAGUGCCUAAUUCGUGAAUACCGAAUGACUAUAAAAGGACUAUCCAAGCAGAUUUCCACUGAUUUCUGUGAGGGUGUCCGAUCAAGAUUGGUGGAUAAAGAUUUUGCACCCAAGUGGGAUCCUCCAAGCUUACAACAAGUAUCUGAAGACAUGGUGGAUGAAUAUUUUUCUCCUCUCAAAGAACUUGGGUCUGAACUAGAACUUCCAACAGCCAAGAGAGAGGCAUUUAUGUAGUUUAUAAUUUAAUUUCCUAAAAACAUGAAAAAUUAACAACACGUUUAGGGAUCACCUGCAUUCACAUUCUGCUAAUUUGUAAUGCUGAUUUUGUGGGAUACAUACAACUUACAAGUCAUUUGUAAUUCCUGAGGACUAGAAUGCAAAUAGUUGAAAUAAAGUAAGAGGCCGUGUGGAAACAUGCAUUUCAUUUCAAAUUACGGAUUUCAAAUAAUAGGAAUUGUGUUGUCAUUUUAAAUUCU